AGUGCAUGCGAGAGCGCGCGUGCGUGAGAGUGAGUGAGAGAGGUGUGCGUGAAUUAAGGUGUCCACUUGUGCCGUGGAGAGGGCGGUGUAAGGGCGAGGGACACCCGCAGUCUUGUUCAUGCUCCUGGCCUAGUUCGUCACCAUGCUCGUCAAGGAAUUUCGAGUCAUCCUUCCAGUCACAGUUGAAGAGUAUCAAGUGGCACAGUUGUACAGUGUAGCUGAAGCGAGUAAAAAUGAAACAGGUGGAGGAGAAGGCAUUGAAGUUCUCAAGAAUGAGCCCUUUGACAAUUAUCCAUUACUUGGGGACAAGUACAGCAAGGGACAGUACACCUACAAAAUCUACCACCUUAAAAGCAAAGUACCAUCUUUCAUCCGGAUCCUAGCACCAGAAGGGUCACUAGAGAUUCAUGAAGAAGCAUGGAAUGCCUACCCCUACUGUAGAACCAUCAUCUCGAAUCCAGGCUACAUGAAGGAGAGUUUUUAUAUUACUAUAGAGACACUUCAUGCAGCUGACGAUGGGGAGUCCGAGAAUAAUCCUGGCUAUAUGAAGAAAAAUUUUAUGAUUUCCGUUGAGACACUUCAUGUAGCUGAUAUGGGAACCACGGAAAAUGCUCACAAACUGACGGGAGAAAAGCUGAAAAUACGCGACGUAGUGACAAUUGACAUUGCCAAUGAUCCAGUUAAAUCUUCAGAUUAUAAACCUAAAGAGGACCCAACAAAGUUCAAGUCUGAGAAAACUGGCCGUGGUCCUCUGAAAGGUCCACAGUGGUGGAAGAAGUGUGAUCCCGUGAUGACAUGCUACAAGUUGGUGACAUGUGAAUUCAAGUGGUUUGGGCUGCAGGCACGCGUAGAGAAGUUCAUCCAGGAUGCUGAGCGCAGACUGUUUACCAACUUUCAUCGACAAGUGUUUUGUUGGAUGGACGAGUGGCAUGGCAUGACCAUGGAUGAUAUCCGGCGGUUAGAAGAUAAAACAAAGGAAGAACUGGAUCAGCAAAGACAGAUAGGAGAAGUUCGAGGCACAAUGGAUGAGUAGGGUUUGGAUAACCUUAUUUAUCUUAGAAAUAUAUACCAGGUGUGUGUGUCCUGUGAUUGUCAUCUGUGUCAGGUGACUGAGGAGAUGUGUAGCACAGACAAGUAUAUUUAGGUUGAUUCUUGCCAUAAGAUUAUUAAAAAUGUGAGCCGUAUAUUAUGCAAAUAACUGUUAAUACAUUACACGUAUAUGAUAGAGCCAAUUAUAUUUAAGAAUAUAUUAAAGUGGUCAUUCAACAAUAUGAAGCAACACUAAAGUGAUUAUAAUUUAAUAAGUGUUUGAAGAUGUUUGGAGGACUUUUAUGAGCUCUUAGCAAUCAACAUUGGUGAUCACAUUUCAUACUCAACCUGAUCAUUUUUGGAAAGUAUUGUAAUCAAUUGAAAAGCAUUUCUAAUUGUGAAUAUUAAUUAAGAAGAAAUGUUAGGUGAGGGCAGCAGCUAGUCCUGGAACUAUGAAAGUUAAAGAUUAAUUUAUUGCAUUCCAUUGUUUAUUGCUUCUGUACUUCCACUUUCAUCCCAUGAGAAAAAACUUACUCUACUCCAAUCACAUCUUAUUGCCCAGAGGUUGUCAUGUACGAAUUGAUUAUUUUUUGAUAAGUAGAGUGGAAAACGUUGAUUUAGCUUUUAUAUAUAAACAUUUAGUUUUGGUCAGAUCACAUCUUUAUGAAUGUGUUCGCACUAAAAUGUGAACAAAUUCAUUUCUUUGCAUGGAGGUGCAUAACAUACAUGAUUUUGUGUGUAUUCACAGUGGAAAAGUGUUGAGUAAAUGUGGAAUAAAGCUUCCAAUUUAACAAAACCAGUGUAAAGAAUGAUUUUGUAUGACAAUUGAUCCUUAUAAAGUGUGUUCUUGAUAGUUUUGAUCUGAGGUCAUUAAAAUUUGUUAUAAAUCAAUAAUGCUAAUUAAAAAUUAUCGGGACAAAAUAUAUAAUAUAUACUUUGUAUUAUUUAAUAAAUAAUAUAUUUUAUAAAUCAUUUUUAUUACAAUAAAAAUGAUUACCCCUUGGAGAAUUUAUUAUAAGCUCUCUAAAUAAUUUUAAUAAAGAAUAUUAUAUAAAAAAUACAAUGCAAUGAACACUGAACAUUAAUGUGAUCAUAUUAAAUAUACUUUAAAAUAAUUUAUAAUUGUGCAUUGUGGCAAGCUUCCUCAAUGUAGUAUAAUCUGAACCUUAAUACAUUCCUUUUCAUUAUUAACAAUGAUAAUCAGAAAGCUGUAUAAAAUACGUUCUAGGGAAUGUUACCUUCAAUUUUGUUACCGCUACGUAUAUCCAAAUAUUUAGUAUUGGUAGAAAAAUUGUGUGGCAUUUGUAAAUGUGUUGUUUGAAGUGCUGUUUCAGAUUGAUUGAUGUUAUUGUUGAACUAUUUUUUAAGUGACUAGUAAAUUUUGGGACUAAUUCUCUUACCUGUGCUAUCUUGUAUGUGAUAACUAUAUAAAUUUAGCAUUUACUGUCUCUUAUUUAUUGUAGUUAAAAUGGAGAUGAGGAGGCAGUUUUAUCUAUUAGAAUGUUUUGGUAUUACUGUUCCUAAUCUAAUUGCCAGUACUUGUCAGUUAUCCAUAAUAAUGUCUGCCAAUCGUGCUGCUAGAGUCUAUUGACUAUGUGAAUGUGCAGGUGAUGUGAACACUUAAACCACUAGUGUGUGAAAUCUGUGAGAAUAUAUAAACACACCUCCAAAACCCGUAUUAUUUAGUUUGACAUGAUCUAGAUUUGCAUGAAAUCCGGAGUUUUCCAUAAAUUUUUUUCUUUGGUCAUCAUCAGUGUUUCUAUUUUUCAUGUAACACUCAAAAUGAAUAUGAACCAUAGAAUUGUGUUUUAAAUAGCUUUCCCAAAAUUCCAACGGUUUUUCAGUAUUGUCUAUACAGCAUUCAGAAUUUUGUAAAAGCAUGACGAGCCAUAUCAAAGGACUUACCAUUCAAACCCUAAUAUUUCCCAUGCUCUAUGGGUGAAUUUAAAAAGCAAAAAUUCCUUUCAUCCAUCAUGAUGGACAAUUACCAGUAGAGCCUGCCUUUUGCUUCCCCACACCCUUCUAAUGAAUUCUAGCGAGUGUUAAACACUUGGGUUUGUGUUUAUGUACCAGUACUCUAUAGUAAAGAAUAUUUCAUACAAGAAAAUAAACUAUUGCAUGAAUCAUUUGGAUUUUUUUAUAUAACAAGACAUAUACAGUAUUGUAAAAUUACAUGAAAAUAUAGUCUAAAAGCAUAUUUAAUCAUUUCUUUUUAAGUUUAUUGUAAUUGUUAUAAUCUUUAAACAAUAUUUAAAAAAGUGACCAGCAUUUGUCUGCCAGAGAUGCCUUGUGACAUUUGAAAUUAGUAAUACUGUGAUUGGACAAUGUGCUUUUAUUAAUGUUUCCACUGAAAGAAAUCUUGAGUGCACUUGCACUCACAAGCGAGUUAAAAUAUAAAAGAGUACAGUGCCGUAUAUGAAAUAAAAGUAUGAAAAAUUUUCUUGAGCUAUCAUUUUUAGUAUUUUUAAGUUUAAAUAGGAUUACUAAAUUGCUGGUUCAUAGGAUGCUUUAUCCUCAAGAAAAAUUUUAACGAAUGUUUUAAAAAAUACUGUUUGUCCAGAAAAUAAACAAGGAUAAAUGCAGUUCCACCAACUGCACUCUCAAACUCCCAAAAUAUUUGUAUCAAAUUAAAAUUUGAUACUCAUUAUAAUUACCCCAUUUCUCACUUUCAUGGGGUAGAGGGGCAUCAGCUUAAAGAUAAAUUAGUAAUAUAAGAGAUUGUAGUUAUUAAAUAAUAAAAUAUUAAAAACUCA